UUUUCAGUUUUUACUGAAAGAAAUUAGUUGAAUUUCCUUGUUUGUUACUGUAAGGUGCCCAAUUUGAAAACGUGUUGAACGUACCACCUAUUCGGUUUUUUAAGACUUGUGACACUUUGCUUAGUUUGUGAGAGAAUCCAGAUGGGUAGAUCCUAGAUGGGUUUUGGGUAUAUAAGGAGGUCUUGGUCCUUCUUUUCAUAUAUGUAAGAAGGUGUGUUCUCACCUGUAUUCUUUGAAGUGAAUAGGACAAAUUUUAAGAAAAAAUGGUGAAGAUCUGUUGCAUUGGAGCUGGGUACGUUGGGGGACCUACGAUGGCAGUAAUUGCCUUCAAGUGCCCCUCAAUUGAAGUUGCCGUUGUUGACAUCUCCGUUUCUCGGAUCGCAGCAUGGAACAGCGACCAGCUACCAAUAUAUGAACCAGGUCUUGAAGAAGUGGUGAAGAAAUGCCGAGGGAAAAAUCUGUUCUUCAGCACCAACGUUGAACAGCAUGUAUCAGAGGCAGACAUAAUCUUCGUUUCAGUUAACACCCCGACCAAAACCCGGGGCCUUGGAGCUGGAAAAGCUGCAGACCUGACAUAUUGGGAGAGUGCCGCCCGGAUGAUUGCUGAUGUGUCGAAAUCCAACAAGAUUGUAGUUGAGAAAUCAACUGUUCCAGUGAAAACAGCUGAGGCAAUUGAAAGAAUCUUGAGCCACAAUAGCAAGGGGAUCAACUAUCAAAUUCUCUCAAACCCGGAAUUUCUUGCGGAGGGAACUGCAAUUCAAGACCUUUUUAACCCAGACCGCGUUCUCAUUGGAGGGAGAGACAACCCUGAUGGGCAAAAGGCAAUCAUAGCAUUGAAAGAUGUUUAUGCUCAUUGGGUCCCUGAUGACAGAAUAAUCUGCACCAAUCUCUGGUCUGCAGAGCUCUCAAAGCUAGCUGCAAAUGCCUUCUUGGCUCAGAGGAUUUCUUCUGUCAAUGCCAUGUCGGCUCUUUGUGAGGCAACUGGGGCUGAUGUUUCGCAGGUUUCUCAUGCUGUCGGUAAAGACACCAGAAUUGGGCCCAAGUUCCUCAAUGCCAGUGUUGGUUUUGGUGGCUCUUGCUUUCAGAAGGACAUUCUCAACUUGGUCUACAUUUGCGAGUGCAGUGGCCUCAUGGAAGUUGCAAACUACUGGAAACAAGUCAUCAAGGUGAAUGAUUACCAAAAGAACCGAUUUGUAAAUCGGGUUGUGUCCUCAAUGUUUAACACGGUGUCUGGCAAGAAGAUCGCCAUACUUGGCUUUGCCUUUAAAAAAGACACCGGUGACACAAGGGAAACUCCAGCCAUUGAUGUGUGCAAGGGGCUGUUGAGGGAUAAGGCCAGCUUGAGCAUAUAUGACCCUCAGGUCUCUGAAGACCAGAUUCAGAGGGAUCUGUCGAUGAACAAGUUCGACUGGGACCAUCCAAUUCACCUCCAGCCAAUGAGCCCUACCUCUGGGAAUCAAGUAAGCGUAGUUUGGGAUGCUUACGUGGCAACCAAGGACGCACAUGGGAUCUGCAUUUUGACCGAGUGGGAUGAAUUCAAGAUGCUCGACUACCAGAAAAUCUUCGACAACAUGCAGAAGCCGGCAUUCGUUUUUGAUGGUAGAAACGUAGUGAAUGCAGAGAAGCUGAGGGAGAUUGGAUUUAUUGUGUACUCAAUUGGGAAGCCAUUAGAUCAGUGGCUCAAGGACAUGCCUGCUUUGGCAUAAGACUACAGUCUCAUGGGGUCUAAAGCUAGAACUGGAAAUUUGUGACAGAAAGUUCAAAUUUUUUUUUUUUUUUUUUUUUUUUUUAAAUGUUUUUCUUUUCUGCUAAUGUUUGAUACCUUUAAACUGCCAAUCAUUUUGGCCUUAGAAUUAUAUAUUUGUUGAAGUCAGAGUUGUCAUAUUAUCCCUGCUUUUUAUUUUUAUUUUUAUUUUUUAUUUUUUAUCAUGUAAUAAAUACUUGAUAUGGUCUAUUCUUAUACUUGAUCUAUGAGUAUAUUUUGUGCUUUGUCUUCUACUUGGGAAAGAUUUUAAAUUUUCAAGUGGAAAGUUAAAAGGAGAAAACAUUGAGAAUC